AUGGGAGGCAACCAGUCAUGGGAGGCAGACUUCAUCCUUGUGGGACUUCACCUCAGUGCAGAGAUAGAGCUCUUCCUACUCUGGGUCUUCUCUCUGCUCUACAUCCUUGGGCUGCUGGCAAAUGGCAUAAUCUUGGGACUCAUCUACCUGGAUCCCAGGCUGCAUACCCCCAUGUACUUCUUCCUCUCACGCCUGGCCAUCCUUGACAUGUUCUAUGCUUCCAACAAUGUCCCUAAGAUGCUGGCCAACCUUGUGAACCAGAAGAGAACCAUCGCCUUUGCUCCAUGUAUUCUGCAGACAUUCUUGUAUUUGGCCUUUGCUGCUGCAGAGUGCUUGAUCCUAGCAGCCAUGUCUUAUGACCGCUAUGUGGCCAUCUGCCACCCACUACACUACACUGUCAUCAUGAACUGGAGAGUAUGUGUGGCCCUGGCUGUCACCUCUUGGUCAUGUGGAUUUAUCCUUUCCUUUGUUCACACAAUUCUCCUACUAAGGCUAACCUUUUGCGGAUCCCGAGAAGUGAAUCACCUCUUCUGUGAAAUCCUGGCUGUCUUAAAACAGGCUUGUGCUGACACCUGGAUCAACCAAGUGGUCAUCCUCGCAGCAUGUGUUUUUGUCUUGGUUUGGCCUCUUUGUUUAAUGCUUGUUUCCUACACUCACAUUCUCUGGGCCAUCCUAAAAAUCCAAUCAGGGGAAGGCCGCAGGAAGGCCUUCUCCACAUGUUCCUCCCACCUCUGUGUGGUGGGACUCUUCUUUGGGAUAGCCAUGCUAGUUUAUAUGGUCCCUGACUCUGAUCAGCGAGUGGAGCAAGAGAAAAUGCUGUCUCUGUUCCACAGUCUCUUUAACCCAAUGCUGAAUCCCCUCAUCUACAGCCUGAGGAACGCCCAGGUAAAGGAAGCCUUCCUCAGAGCACUGCAGAAGAAGGGGUCUGUGUGA